AUGAAGGCUACAAUAGCUUUCAGUACACUCUACAUGAAGGCUACAACAGACUUCAGUACACUCUACAUCAAGGCUACAACAGACUUCAGUACACUCUACAUCAAGGCUACAGCAGACUUCAGUACACUCUACAUCAAGGGCUACAACAGACUUCAGUACACUCUACAUGAAGGCUACAACAGACUUCAGUACACUCUACAUCAAGGCUACAACAGACUUCAGUACACUCUACAUGAAGGCUACAACAGACUUCAGUACACUCUACAUGAAGGCUACAACAGACUUCAGUACACUCUACAUCAAGGCUACAACAGACUUCAAUACACUCUACAUCAAGGCUACAACAGACUUCAGUACACUCUACAUCAAGGCUACAACAGACUUCAGUACACUCUACAUCAAGGCUACAACAGACUUCAGUACACUCUACAUCAAGGCUACAACAGACUUCAGUACACUCUACAUCAAGGCUACAACAGACUUCAGUACACUCUACAUCAAGGCUACAACAGACUUCAGUACACUCUACAUCAAGGCUACAACAGACUUCAGUACACUCUACAUCAAGGCUACAACAGACUUCAGUACACUCUACAUCAAGGCUACAACAGACUUCAGUACACUCUACAUCCAGGUAAAACAGACUUCAGUACACUCUACAGACUUCAGUACACUCUACAUCAAGGCUACAACAGACUUCAGUACACUCUUCAUGAAGGCUCAGACUUCAGGCUACACUCUACAUCAAUAGACUUCAAUACACUCUACAUCAAGGCUACUACAUCAAGGCAGUACACUCUACAUCAAGUACACUCUACAUCAAGGCUACAACAGACUUCAGUACACUCUACAUCAAGGCUUCAACAGAUUUCAGUACACUCUACAUCAAUGCUACAACAGUGCACUCUACAUCAAGGCUACAACAACAGACUACAUCAAGGCUACACUUUACAUCAAGGCUACAACAGACUUCAGUACGCUCUACAUCAAGGCUACAACAGACUUCAGUACACUCUACAUGAAGGCUACAACAGACUUCAGUACACUACAUCAAGGCUACAACAGACUUCAGUACACUCUACAUGA